AUGAGCAGAAGGUGGAUACAGAACCCAAAUAGAUGCGCAGACGAAUACUUGGGUGGAAUCGAGGAUUUUAUUGAGUUUGCACGUAGACAUAACCCGGGUGCAACUGGAAUCCGUUGUCCUUGUAGAAGGUGUAAUAGCACGUUGUGGGAGACAAUUGAAAAUGUUGGCUUUCAUUUAGUAAGGAAUGGAAUGAUUGAGACAUAUAGCAUUUGGAACCUUCACGGGGAACAAUUAGACAAUGCUUCAUCUUCAAAUGCCACAAGGGUAGACACUAUUGAACCUAUUGUGGAUCCUAAUGAACAAGUCAUGGAUAUUAUAAAUGAUGUUUUUCCAUUUGUAUCGACCAACAUCAAUCAGGAAGGGGAAGAUAACGUGCCUACCCCAAUGGACAGUGCAGAGUUUGAACAAUAUGAACAACUGUUAAAAAGUGCCAACCAAGAGUUAUACCCAGGGUGA